AGAGUAGACGCGUUAAAAUUUUUAAAAAACUUUUACCAUUAACCAUGGAGUCUCAAUUGUCGUAUUUAAGCUUCCAUAGACAUGUGAAGUUUAUGCAGAGAAUCGGAAUUUAUCCAAUCAACCGGAAUGCAUCGAAUAUAAAAAAAAAUCUUCAUUUGAUAUACAGAUGCAUAAUUUUAUUGAUGUCUUUUAUGUACUCAUCUCAACAACUGCUAAAAAUCUACGAAAAACGACGUGACGCAGAAAAAGUAAUGGAAAUUAUGUGUUUGUUCAUAACGAACGUCAACUUUUUCUACAAGAUAAUGGUACUUAAGGUGAAGUAUGAUAAAGUGGAAGAAGUCCUGCAAAUCACAAAAGGACCAAUAUUCAAUAAAGGAGAGAAAGAACACCGAGUUCCUCUCAUGAGAACUAUUCGAGAUAGUUUAAGAAUAAUCUCCUCGUUCAACUAUAUUUCGCUGUUCACGGCGGUUCUAUGGAGCAUUCGACCAGUCCUGGAAAGAUAUCAAGGAAAAGAAAUCAAUAUACAAAUAUGGCUGCCAUUUGAUACUGAUGUAACUUGCUAUUUUUAUAUUUGCGUUCUAUAUUGGUGGAUUCAGGUAUCAAUAUUGGCCGCGGGAAACUCAAUAGUUGAUGGAUUUAUAGCUUUUUUAUUUGAACAAUGCAAAACUCAAAUAAAAAUUCUGAGAUUGGAUUUGAAAAACGCGGUCGAAAAAAGUAAAGUUGCAGAGAUAGAAACAUCAGAUUCCUUUUCUAAUGUUCUGGAAGAGAAACUGAAAAAUAUAAUUAUUCACCAUAAAGAAAUUGUGAAGAUGACAAACAUAGUUCAGGACAUUUUUGGAAGUUCGGUGUUUAAUCAAUUUCUUAUUAGUGGAUGGAUAUUAUGCACCUCAGCUUAUAGCCUGGUUAGCGCUAACACAGCAUCACUGCAGUUUGUACAAAUGUUGUUUUACAUAUGCUGUAUGUUGAUAGAAUUGUUUAUGCUGUGUUAUUAUGGCAACAAGCUGACAUUUGAAAGUAACAGGCUAGUGGAAUACGCGUAUGAAUCAGACUGGCUGGAGAUUCCUGUGAAACAUCGUCGCUUGCUGAUUGCCUUCAUGGAAAGAAUCAAGCGGCCUAUACAACCAACGGCUGGCUCUUUUAUACCACUUUCUAAUAAUACUUUCAUUUCGAUCAUUCGGAGCUCGUAUACAUUCUACGCAUUUUUGAAAAAUUCGAAUUAAAACAGUUUAGAAUAAACUUGUAUAAUGUAGUCAAUAUAAGUUACUUCACACAUUGAUAACAUGAUAAAUUUUAGCC